UACCCUGGUGGCCCAGAUGCCCUGUUCCCGGAGGCCAGAGCCGUGGCUGCCCUCAGCCCUCCCUCCCCGGGUGCAGGCUGCGAGCAAGGCAGGGCCCGGCUCCUGAUGCUGCUGGUCUCUGUGCCCUACAGCCGCCCGCCCGCCCUGGCCCAUGGAGACCCUUAGGAGACACUUCCGGCGGCGGCGCGGGAGUGUGGGGCUGCCCACGGGCAAGGCCCGGCGCCGCUCCUCCGCGGGGCAGGCCUCCUCCUCGCUGGCUCAGCGGCGCCGCUCCAGCUCCAGCGCACAGCUCCAGGGCUGCUUCCUGGGCUGCGGGGUGGGUGCGCAAGGCAGCAGCCGCCGCCGCCGCUCCAGCACCGCACCCCCUGCCUGCAACCCCCGCUUCGCCGUGGAGGAGGUUCCCGGCCUACAAGCCACCGCUGUGGGGACCCGGCUGCUGGGGGCACCCCUGCUGUUGACUGGGCUUGUGGGCAUGGAGGAAGAGGAGGAAGAGGGGGUCAAGGAGGAAGAUGCGACAGCUGGCGCACCGAGUGCUGCGCAGCCACGCACCGCGACACCAGGGCGCCCCCGGCACUGGGGCGUCCGGCCACGGCUGCCCCUGCCACGUUGCCUGCGCCGGGCCUCCUCCCACCUGCUCCCUGCCGACGUGGUCUACGGCUGUGCCCUUUGGGGCCUGCAUGGCUGCUACCGGCGCCUCAGCCAGCAGCGGCUCUCAGGCCAGCACCUCGGCCCGGGCGGUCGAAGAGCCUCGGGCGCGGCGGCGGGCUCCGUGGUGCCGGCCCGCGUGCGCCCCCUAUGCCGCAGGCGCCAGGUAGCCCUGCGGCGCAAGUCAGCCGGAACCCAGGCGUGGAGCGCCCUGCUUGUGAAAGCCAUCACCAAGUCCGGCCUCCCGCACCUGGCUCCUCCCCCGCCGGCCCCCGGGGCCCUGUGCGGCGAGUCUGAGCGGCAGAUCCGGAGCACUGUGGACUGGAGUGAGUCAGCAACGUAUGGGGAGCACAUCUGGUUCGAGACCAACGUGUCGGGAGACUUCUGCUAUGUUGGGGAGCAGUACUGUGUAGCCAAGAUGCUGCAGAAGUCAGUGUCGCGGAGAAAGUGCGCAGCCUGCAAGAUCGUGGUGCACACCCCCUGCAUUGAGCAGCUGGAGAAGAUAAAUUUCCGCUGUAAGCCAUCCUUCCGGGAAUCGGGCUCCAGGAAUGUCCGGGAGCCAACCUUCGUGCGGCACCACUGGGUGCACAGGAGGCGCCAGGACGGCAAGUGUCGGCACUGUGGCAAGGGCUUCCAGCAGAAGUUCACCUUCCACAGCAAGGAGAUCGUGGCCAUCAGCUGCUCCUGGUGCAAGCAGGCGUACCACAGCAAGGUGUCCUGCUUCAUGCUGCAGCAGAUUGAGGAGCCGUGCUCGCUGGGGGUGCACGCGGCCGUGGUCAUCCCGCCCACCUGGAUCCUGCGUGCCCGGAGGCCGCAGAACACCCUCAAGGCAAGCAAGAAGAAAAAGAGGGCGUCGUUCAAGAGGAAGUCCAGCAAGAAGGGGCCCGAGGUCAGGGCCAGGGCCGGCGGGGGUCGGGGGCACAGCGUGGGCUCAGCAGGCCCCAGGUCCCUGAGGGAGGGCCGCUGGAGGCCCUUCAUCAUCAGGCCCACCCCGUCCCCCCUCAUGAAGCCCCUGCUGGUGUUUGUAAACCCCAAGAGUGGGGGCAACCAGGGCGCCAAGAUCAUCCAGUCCUUCCUCUGGUAUCUCAACCCCCGACAAGUGUUUGACCUGAGCCAGGGAGGGCCCAAGGAGGCGCUGGAGAUGUACCGCAAGGUGCACAACUUGCGCAUCCUGGCGUGUGGGGGCGACGGCACGGUCGGCUGGAUUCUCUCCACCCUGGACCAGCUGCGCUUAAAGCCGCCACCACCUGUGGCCAUCCUGCCGCUGGGCACCGGCAACGACUUGGCGCGUACCCUCAACUGGGGCGGGGGCUACACAGACGAGCCCGUAUCCAAGAUCCUCUCCCACGUGGAAGAGGGGAACGUGGUGCAGCUGGACCGCUGGGACCUCCGCGCUGAGCCCAACCCCGAGGCCGGGCCAGAGGAGCGAGACGAGGGUGCCACUGACCGGCUGCCCCUGGAUGUCUUCAACAACUACUUCAGCCUGGGCUUCGACGCCCACGUCACCCUGGAGUUCCACGAGUCCCGAGAGGCGAACCCUGAGAAGUUCAACAGCCGCUUUCGGAACAAGAUGUUCUAUGCCGGGACAGCCUUCUCGGACUUCCUCAUGGGCAGCUCCAAGGACCUGGCCAAACACAUCCGGGUGGUGUGCGACGGGACGGAUCUGACCCCCAAGAUCCAGGACCUGAAGCCCCAGUGCAUCGUUUUCUUGAACAUCCCCAGGUACUGCGCGGGCACCAUGCCCUGGGGCCACCCUGGGGAGCACCAUGACUUUGAGCCCCAGCGACACGAUGACGGCUACCUCGAGGUCAUUGGCUUCACCAUGACGUCUCUGGCCGCGCUGCAGGUGGGCGGGCACGGCGAGCGGCUGACACAGUGCCGCGAGGUGCUGCUCAGCACGUCCAAGGCCAUCCCGGUGCAGGUGGACGGCGAGCCCUGCAAGCUGGCGGCCUCCCGCAUCCGCAUCGCCCUGCGCAACCAGGCCACCAUGGUGCAGAAGGCCAAGCGGCGGAGCGCCACGCCCCUGCACAGCGACCAGCAGCCGGUGCCCGAGCAGCUCCGGAUCCAGGUGAGCAGAGUCAGCAUGCACGACUACGAGGCCCUGCAUUACGACAAGGAGCAGCUCAGGGAGGCUUCUGUGCCGCUGGGCACCGUGGUGGUCCCAGGAGACAGCGACCUGGAGCUCUGCCGAGCCCACAUCGAGAGGCUGCAGCAGGAGCCCGAAGGUGAUGGAGCGCAGUCCCCCGUGUGCCAGAAACUGUCCCCCAAGUGGUGUUUCCUGGACGCCACCACUGCCAGCCGCUUCUACAGGAUCGACCGCGCCCAGGAACACCUCAACUACGUGACUGAGAUCGCACAGGACGAAAUCUACAUCCUGGACCCCGAGCUGCUGGGGGCAUCGGCCCGGCCUGACCUGCCAACCCCCACCUCCCCACUCCCCAACUCACCCUGCUCACCCACGCCCCGGUUACUGCAAGGGGACGCCGCGCCCCCUCCAGGUGAGGAGCUGAUUGAAGCCGCCAGGAGGAACGACUUCUGCAAGCUCCAGGAACUGCACCGAGCGGGAGGCGACCUCACGCACCGCGACGGGCGGAACCGCACGCUGCUGCACCACGCAGUGAGCACUGGCAGCAAGGACGUGGUCCGCUACCUGCUGGACCACGCCCCUCCAGAGAUCCUCGAUGCCGUGGAGGAAAAUGGGGAGACGUGUCUGCACCAGGCGGCCGCCCUGGGCCAGCGCACCAUCUGCCACUACAUCGUGGAGGCCGGGGCCUCCCUCAUGAAAACGGACCAGCAGGGGGACACACCCCGGCAGCGCGCCGAGAAGGCUCAGGACACGGAGCUGGCCGCCUACCUGGAAAACCGGCAGCACUACCAGAUGGUCCAGCGGGAGGACCAGGAGACCGCCGUGUAGCCGCGAGGCCCUCCCCGGGCACAGGGGGCACCGACCAGCCAGAGGAGCAGCGCCCUCCCUGCCCGCCUCACUGCCACAUUCCAGUCGCAUGGCCGCGGGGGGACCCGUGUCCCAGGGAAGGAGCCCCGUGCUGCGCCCACCCAGGGCAGGACUCUGAGGAGCACGGGGGCGGGGGGGGGUCACCUGUCCACCUCCGCACACACCCAGAUCCCAGCCUAACCCGGAGACUCGCAGGGAAUUAGGAAACGGGUUGGGCUGGACGGGCCUGUGCAGGGGCCGGGGCUGGGCCCUUCUGGACAGGGGAUGCCCGGCUUGGACGUCGGGGCGUGGCCUGCGGCCGGGGCGGGGCUGGGGGCUGGAGGCCCCUCCUGGGAGGCUUGGGGCUGAGGUUCCCCAGGCACCUGGCGUCCAGCGCCCCGCUCCUGCACGACCCCCCUCCCGGGCUUCUUCCCGGAGACUCUGAGCCCGCUGCCGUCGCCUGCCCGCUGCCCUGCUUGGCACCCGCCCCGUGACCCUCCCCAGCACCCAGGCGUGUCGCCGCGGACUGCGUGGCCAGGGGUGGGGGCGGGGCUCUCACGGUGACAUGUUUACAGCUGGGUGUGACUCAGUAAAGUGGAUUUUUUUUUUC